GGACCUUUCAUUUUGUUAUUUAAUAAGAAGAAGUACUAAAUUAUUUUGCUUUAUUACUUACUACCAAACUGCCAAAGGUUCAUUUGAAUUCUGUUUAUCUUUGUUUCAUCUCAUCAUUGUUUUAAAAAUAUGUUAACAUUCGACGCAUUAUCAGUAAAUGAAUUUCAUGCUGUGAAAGUGAUAGAUGACCUCCUUGUUUCAGUAAACAUAACCUGGUUAGUUGUUUACUACUUGACCGGGAUAGGUAUGUUCCUACAGCAUUUAGGAUUAGUGUUAAACGAAUUGUUCGUGUAAAUCUGUUUUUAAGGGUAAAUAUUAAGCUAAUCUUACGAGAUGUCUGACGACGAAGAUUUAUUGUACAUUAAAAGACAAAAAACUAUACACUAUGGUGGUCUUGAUGAGCUGGAGAAAGAAAAACUUGCUGCAGCAAGUGCUGUACCCCAAAUCGCUGAAACUCCUGAAGAAAAUGUUGAAGAAGAACCAGAAAAAGUUGUUCCUAAGCCAGUUGGAAAUAUGGAAAUUGGAAAUAUGCAUAUAUCAGACGAAUAUAUGGACAUUGAAGAUGAAGUAUCGAAAGAUAAACAAGCACUUCUAGAUGAAUUUGAACGUAGAAAGAAAGCAAGGCAUGUAAACGUAUCGACUGAUGAUAAUGAAGUCAGACAAAACUUGAGACAGUUGGGUGAACCUAUAUGCUUGUUUGGAGAAGGUCCAGCUGAACGGCGGAGUAGGCUUCGAGAUCUACUUGCUAGGCUUGGAGAAGAUGCCAUUCAAAAGAAACAAGAAGAAGAAGAAGAAAAAUUGAAACAGGAAAGGGAUCAAGAGACAUGGUAUCAUGAAGGAUCUGAGACACUCAGAGCAGCGAGACUAUGGAUAGCUAAAUAUUCGUUACCAAGAGCAAAGGAGAGGUUAAAGCAAGCAAGAGAAGAACUGAAAAUACCUGAAGCUACAGCCACUGCCAAAAGACAAGAGCUUCAAAAGCACUUGACAUCCUUGUCUAUAUUCUGCAGUCAAAUUGGUGAUACAAGACCUAUUUCAUAUUGCAGCUUUAGCCCUGAUUCUAAGAAACUUGCAACAUCUUCUUGGAGUGGGCUUUGUAAGUUAUGGAGUGUGCCUGACUGUAAUGAAAUUAGGACACUGCGAGGACAUUCUUGCAAUGUUUGUGCCAUCGAAUGGCACCCAAAAGCAGGCGUUGAAGGUUCAGUUUGUGCCCUAGCCUCUUGUGCGGUUGAUGGUACUGUUAAACUCUGGAGCAUGGAAAGUGAUGAACCUGUUGCUGAUGUUGAAGGCCAUUCACCGCACAGAGUUUCAAGAUUAGGGUUUCAUCCUUCAGGUCGUUUGCUUGCGACGUGCUGUUACGACAGCUCUUGGAGGCUUUGGGAUUUAGAGUCUGCUCAGGAAAUACUGCACCAGGAGGGCCAUUCCUGCCCUGUCUACUGUAUAUCUUUUCAAGUUGAUGGCUCUAUUGCUGCAACUGGAGGUCUUGAUUCUUUUGGACGUGUUUGGGAUUUAAGAACUGGGAGAUGUAUCAUGUUUAUGGAAGGACAUCUUAAAAGUGUUUAUGGCAUUGACUUUUCUCCAGAUGGUUAUCAUAUAGCGACAGCAAGUGAAGACAACUCUUGCAUUGUUUGGGACCUAAGAAUGCGAAAUCGUGUUUAUACAAUCCCUGCCCAUAGCAAUCUUUUAUCUCAUGUGAAAUAUCAGCCUGGAGCAGGAAAUUUCAUUAUUACAGCAUCAUAUGAUAAUACGGUUAAGGUAUGGUCUAACAAGACAUGGCAGCCUCUGAAAACUUUGUCUGGUCAUGAUGGGAAAGUGAUGUGCCUCGACAUUUCACCUGAUUCAAAGUACAUAGCAACUGCAUCUUAUGAUAGAACAUUUAAACUAUGGACACCUGAAGAAGCUGUCUAAUACCUCACAUUUUUGUAAAAUUUAUAAUAUAUUUUAUUAUUAAAUUGUAUAUUAAAGUGUAUCUGUUAAUUUUAAUCCUUGCGAUAUAUUCCUAAUAAAAUAUUUUCAUAAAAACACUUUUUCUGCUGAAGCUCUCAUAAAAUGGAAAAAUAAUUUUU